AAAUCGGUCUUUUGUGUAUAGCUGUGGGUUUAAUGGGGAUUUGGUUAUUCAAAACACAUACCGAAGGAAGGGGAUUCAACGUCGCGGAAAAGACUGUCUUUGGGAUCUGUACCAAAAACAAGACAAGCGUGGUUUGGUGACUUUCUGCAUGAUAUUUUAAAUCUUAACAUUACCAGCAGCAAGCGAGUCGUGCGGAGUCGACUUGCCUCGGUCGCGAGACGUUGUCAUCGCCUGUUUUGCACCCCGGGUUGGAAAAAUAUUCUUAGUUUGUUUGCCACCUCGCCAAAAUGACAACUGAUUGAUUAUCCCGUCAGAAGAUACAUAAUACGACAUGGAGAACUCUAGCUAUGUAAUCUGUCAUCUUUCAAUGUGAUCGACAUGGUUACACUGGCUAGCCGUUCCCUGGAAGUGUGUAGCUAACGAGCGGUUUUGUGCUUUGUUUAUUUAUUCAUUUUAGUCCCCUUCUUCUUUAGGGAGAAGUGUGUAUUUGAAUGGUCAUCGGUUGAGUCGUUUGGUGCAGGAUCCACUCGCAAAUAGGACGAUUAAUUUAUCAAAUUCGAGAAGAAACCUGCAGAAGAAACUGGUUUUGCGACUGUGGUACAACUGCCUGUCUUUUGGGGAAUAUUUUUGCAUUUUGUCGGAUGUCUUUUGGACAAUUUCGGGUUAUUCCCCAAUGACCUGCCACUCACCCGAAUCCACCGAGACCAUCGAAAAUGAGAGAAGAACGGAUACCGAGUCGCGAGUUGUAGACUCCGAUGAGACUCGCAUCGGUCAAGCCAUGAAAGACCUUAAAAAUACAGGCUGGUACUGGGGCAGCCUGACUGCCAACGAAGCCAAAGAGAUUCUCCAGGAUGCAUCAGAGGGCACCUUCCUGGUGCGAGACAGCUCCCAGAGGGACUACCUGUUCACCAUCUCUGCCAUGACCUCCGCCGGCCCAACUAACUUGCGCAUCGAGUACAAGGAGGGGAAGUUUAAACUAGACUCAGUGGUGCUGAUCAAGCCCAAGCUCAAGCAGUUUGACAGUGUGGUGCACCUGGUGGAACACUACGUGCAGCUGUCCAGGACUACCAGUAAAGGUGCGUCGUCAGGAGUGUCGCAGUCCCUGGCCCCACCCAACGGCACGGUUCAGCUGCUACUGACUAAGCCUGUGUACACUGCCACGCCCUCUCUACAGCACCUGUCCCGGAUUGCCAUCAACAACGCCACCAGGCAGGUGCAGGAGCUGCCUUUACCCAACAGGCUAAAGAACUACCUGACGGACUACAGCUACAAUGUAUAGCAGGACCGUAAAUCCCAGAUGUGGUUUGGGAUAGAGAGCAGUGCACCUGCCAUGCAGUGGCAGUCAGACUAUCACCCAGUCCGAAGUCAGUCUUUAGCCCCAACCACUAGACACGGCUUGACGGCCCCCGUACUUCUGGAAGGAUUGCUGUUGAGCAAUAUGCUUAUAGAGCCAAGUCAGUCAUCUAAUCCUCAGGAAGCUAGGUUGAAUUUCUCCCAUAUUACUACACCCUUCCAGUUCAUUUAGUGCUACAGUUGUUCAUCAAAAAGGGCUUAGGAGUUGGAGCUAAGGGUUGAUUUCAGACCUGGGUCAUGUACAUAAUCUCUGAAACGGGUGCAAAUGUUUUCAAGCCGAAGUGGUAUACCCUUCCUGCAGACCAGCUCAGGUAAACAGGGUUUCGGAACCUUCUGAACGAGACCCAGGAGGGAUGGCAGUUGGCACUCAACUUUUUUUUUGCUUCUCAUUUCAAGCUCUUUGUUGUUGCUUUACACUCUCUGCCUCAUGUCUGAGAAAUGAGUAUCUGACACGGUGUCCACUUUUUGUUCUGAUUUAUGUUUGAGUUUGUUCAUAUUCUAUAUUUUCUUUUUUUUGUACUGUAAUCAUAAGAAGGGGCAGUGCUGGUGUGUCGUGAACUACAUGUAGUGCAACUAGUCAUUUAACUACCUUUUUUCAGUAGCUUGGAGGUAGUUGAACUAAAUUCAAAUAUUGGUAGUCUUUUCAGUUAAUUACUUUUUUUUGCUGUGUAGCGAACUACAACAAUUUUUUUUAAUUUUUUUUUUUUAAUUGUCAAGUUUUCAACUUAUUUUUCAACCUCAGACUUACUUAAUUGUCACUUGAAAGUAGAGGUCAACCGAUUUUUAAUUGGAAUGGCCGAUUUAAAUGGGGCCGAUUUCAAGUUUUCAGAACAAUCGGAAAUCGGUGUUUUUGGGUGCCGAUUUGCCGAAUAAUUAUUUUUUUUAAAUUACUAUUUAAAAAAUAAUAAUUUUAAUAACUUUUUAUUUAACUAGGCAAGUCAGUUAAGAAUACAUUCUUAUUUCCAAUGAUGGCCUAGGAACGGUGUGUUAACUGCCUCGUUCAGGGGCAGAACGACAGAUUUUCACCUUGCAGCUCGGGGGAUCCAAUCUUGCAACCUUACGGUUAACUAGUCCAACGCAAUAACGACCUGCCUCUCUCUCGUUGCACUCCACAAGGAGACUGCCUGUUACGCAAAUGCAAUAAGCCAAGGUAAGUUGGUAGCUAGCAUUAAACUUAUCUUAUAAAAAACAAUCAAUCAUAAUCACUAGUUAACUACACAUGGUUGAUAUUACUAGAUAUUAUCUAGCGUGUCCUGCGUUGCAUAUAAUCUGACUGAGCAUACAAGUAUCUGACCGAGCGGUGGUAGGCAGAAGCAGGCGCGUUCAUUCAAACCGCACUUUCGUGCGUUUUGCCAGCAGCUCUUCGUUGUGCGUCAUUGUGCGUCAAGCAUUGCGCUGUUUAUGACUUCAAGCCUAUCAACUCUCGAGAUGAGGCUGGUGUAACCGAAGUGAAAUGGCUGGCUAGUUAGCGCGCGCUAAUAGCGUUUCAAACGUCACUCGCACUGAGCCUUCUCGUAGUUGUUCCCCUUGCUCUGCAUGGGUAACGCUGCUUCGAGGGUGGCUGUUGUGUUGCUGGUUCGAGCCCAGGGAGGAGCGAGGAGAGGGACGGAAACUAUACUGUUACACUGGCAAUACUAAAGUGCCUAUAAGAACACCUAAUAGUCAAAGGUUAAUGAAAUACAAAUGGUAUAGAGGGAAAUAGUCCUAUAAUUCCUAUAACUACAACCUAAAACUUCUUACCUGGGAAUAUUGAAGACUCAUGUUAAAAGGAACCACCACCUUUCAUAUGUUCUGAGCAAGGAACUGAAACGUUAGCUUUCUUACAUAGCACAUAUUGCACUUUUACUUUCUUCUACAACACUUAGUUUUUGCAAUAUUUAAACCAAAUUGAACAUGUUUCAUUAUUUACUUGAGGCUAAAUUGAUUUUACUGAUGUAUUAUAUUAAGUUAAAAUAAGUGUGUUCAUUCAGUAUUGUUGUAAUUGUCAUUAUUACAAAUACAUAAAAAAUAAAAUAGGCCGAUUUACAUCGGUAUCGGCCUUUUUGGUCCUCCAAUAAUCGGCAUCGGCUUUUAUGAUCCUCCAAUAAUCGGUAUCGGCGUUGAAAACUUGAAAGUGUUUUGGUGUUUUUAUAGGGCCAGGGUGAUCUAACUUGCAAUUUGUAGUCUGACAUUUCAGAUUUAGAUAUAAGAAUUUUUCACGUAGUAGUAGUAGAAGGGAGGAUUAUUAUUUAUUUUCAUUCUUCUGAUUUUUUUUUUAAAGCACAAGAAAUAUACUGGCUUCAAAACUUGCGUUGGUUUCUCUCACACUGUCUCACUCUGCCUCCUGCUAAGAGGUUAAAAGUAAUAGAUUUUCUGAACUUCUUAAUCCUGGAUGAUCCUCCCACUACGCAUUACUUUUGUGCGACACCUCAAUACUUCAUCACUGCAUUUUCUUUCGAUAGAAAAUGCCCUUGAGCAAGUUGCUGCUCACACCUCAGAACUAGACCUUGGUUAGACAGACAGACAGGCUGUAUCUAACAUCUAGCUACUACUAAAAGAAGGAAUUACAUUUCCAAGAGCAUAUUAGAUGUUCGGCCAGGGGUUUUCAUUGGAUCGACGUGAAUCUUAUUUUAAUCAAUAUUUUAAGUAUUUAUUGAUUGUGCUACUGUAUUUCCUAGAAAAAUAAAAGUUACACAAAUAAAACCUGAAAGCAUGCUUUAUCAUAGCCUCUAUUCAGCAAUUUGGGAGGCAAUAAUGAAUGUGAUGCAGGGGUGUCAUGGUGAUCAUGUGUAUUGUUUGACUCAUUCUCCACUUUCAGUACAUAAGGUUCAGUGUGAACAAUUCUUGCAGAAUAUUCCAGAAUUCACUCUUGAUACAUGAUUAUGACAUUUACUGUUUUCAUAUGGUGCUUAAAUACAAGUGUCUAGUGUUUUCUCGGUGAGGAAAUCAGAAAAAUAAAACAAAAGAAUGGAAUCGAA